GGCCCUCGGGGCGGAGCCGCCGGAGCAGCGCCCGCCGGAGCGGGGAGCGCCGAAGCCCCGGCCCCGGGAUGAGCUUCCCGCGGCCCCUCCGCCGCUCCGUGAGCCUCAGCCCGGCCCGGAGCCUGCGCCUCGUCGUGCUGGGGCAGAGCGCAGUGGGCAAGACAGCGCUGACCGUCAGGUUCAUCACCAGGAGAUUCAUUGGAGACUACGACCCGACCCUGGAGAUGAUUUACAGACACGUGGCUGUCAUUGACGGGGAGAUGGUGCACUUCGAGAUCCUGGACACCGCGGGACAGGAGGAGGACUCGCUGCAGAUAGAGGAGAAGAUCAAGUGGGGCGAUGGCUUCGCCGUGGUCUACUCGGUGACGGACAGAUGCAGCUUCGACGAGGUGAUGCGGCUCUGCUUCCUCAUCAACCACAUCCACUCGAGCCCCCGGCGCAGCAGCGCGGGCGAGCAGCCGCCCGUCGUCAUCGUGGCCAACAAGAAGGACCUGCAGUUCGACCGGAUGGUGUCCACCGAGGACGGCGAGAACCUCUCCAAAGCCUUGAAGCUGCCUUUCUACGAGAUCUCCACCCGGGACAGCUACGAGGAACCCGUGGCCGUGUUCAACGCCCUCUACCAGGAGCUCAUGAGACAGGGGCACUUCUCCCCGGGCUCCUUCAAGAGGAGGACGGUGUCGAAGCUGAUGGAGAAGAUCCCAAAGAUGCAGGCGAGCUCCACGCCGCACUCGGCGGGACGGAGCCUCAGCUUUAACUCCUUCAGGGACUACAUCCCCGAGUGAGCGGAGGCGCGGACACAGGGACAGGUCUUAUCCUGCCGCUUCAGCUCCAGGAGG